AUGGUCGUGUGCAAAUGCCGAAAGGCGACGAGGGUUUACUGCUUCGUCCACCAGGUCCCCGUCUGUGGCGUGUGCAUAUGCUUUCCGGAGCAUCAGCUAUGCGUGGUGAAAAACUAUGCUGAAUGGGUUGUUAAUUCUGAGUUUGACUGGCCACAACACUGUUCAUCUUGCAAUUCAGUUCUCGAAGGUGGAACUGAAGAAACAACACGACUGGGUUGCUUGCAUGUGGUGCACACGAAAUGCUUGAUAUCGCAUAUCCAAAAUUUUCCUUCCCAAACAGCACCAGCUGGAUACGUCUGCCCUUCCUGUUCUGCACCUAUAUGGCCACCUUCAAGCAUUAAAGAUACAGGUUCGCGCCUUCACACUAAACUGAAAGAAGCGAUAGUCCAGACUGGAUUGGAGACAAAUGUAUUUGGAAAUCAUUAUGUGACAAUAGCUAAAGCUGAUACUCGGACAGCUGCUUUUGCAUCAGAUCCUCUCAAAAAUUUAUCCAGUACUGAUGAUAGAGAAACUUAUAGUGCAAAUUCAGCUAAAGAUGCAGCUUUGCCAUCAACAUUACAUUCUGGAAUAUACUCUUCUGCUGUAGGAUCUGGGACAACUAUUCAUGUUGAACCAGAAAUUGUUGAAAUAGAGGGUCCUAGUCCUGUAUUGACCCAAAUUUCAGAACAGGAGUCCAAUUUCAUCAGAAGUCCAAGCCCACAUGGGCCUGGUGCCAUGACAAGAAAAGGUGCUACUACUGUUGAUAGACAAAAUUCUGAGAUUUCUUAUUAUGCUGAUGAUGAAGAUGGAAAUCGCAAAAAGUAUACUAAAAGAGUGUCAGUUGGGGGGAUUAAAUGGCGAAAAAAUAGAAAAAGAAAAGAUGUCCACGCAAAAGGACAACCGUUUGGCUGUUCGACUUCGACAUUCCCUGAUCCAACCGAAUUCUCUACCCUAACUGCAGCGACGGUGGCGGAGCGUGGCCAGUGGGGCGUGCUGGCCGCCGUGGCUAGGCGGGCAACCCCCUCCCGGGGGGGCUGGCGUGCAAUUGGAGCCCAGGGGCCCUGCGCCUGUACUGCCGGGCAGCUUCGGAGGCGUGCUGCUUAG